GUCGUUUUGAUUGGUCGACCCUCCAAGAUGGCCGUUAAUUGACAGAAAACGUUUUGCAAACGUAAACGUACGUCGUGGUUUCUUUCAUAAAUUGGAUUUUUUCUUGGUAUUUUCCGAAUUCCUUAAAAAUGGAAACAAUAUCUUCUGGAGAUGGAGGAGAUUCAAAUGAAGUAACACAACUUGAAACAACUAAAGUGAAACCUGAUGAUCACAAGAAAAAAUCAAAAAAAGAGCACAAACAUAAACAUAAGAAAAAAUCAGCGAAAGAAGAAAAAGUAAAAAAGCACAGAAAGCACAAAAAACAUAAACGCAAACACAGUGAAUGUUCAGAUGGCGGAAAAUCAUCGAAUAAAAGCAUUGAGAAAGAUAAAAUUGAAAGAUACACUCCCGAAUUGCAAAAGGAUCUUGAACAUGAAACAAUGAAUGUUGUUAAUGGUAAAUCAACAAAAACCGACACUGAUCAUAUCGUUAAUUGUCUUACAGAAGGUUUUACAAACACACAUACCACAGAAAUUGUAUCAUCUGAAAGUGAAGAUGCCCCUGAGGCGGAUUGCGACAGCGACGCAAUUAAUGUGGAUGUUAUCGAAGCUGAUAUGGAUUUGGAAGAAUUAAUGAAACAGAAAGAAUUAUUACAAGCAGAAAUUGCUAAAGCAUGUCUUUUAGAUGAGGCACAAAUCAAGUACAAACCAAAAGUAGAAGAAGUUAUUUUAUUGGAUGACUCAAGUAACGACGAUUCCCAAGAAAAAGAAGUCCAAACGAAAAGGAAACGUACGCCAAGUCGGGAAAGGAGAGUCAUCAUUGAAAAAAAGGACCAUCGGCCUGACGAAAAAAAAAUAAAACCAAACAAAGAAGUACAGAGUAAAGAAAAAUUGAAAGAUUACGAUCGGUACGAUAAAUGCAAAGAACGUUUUGCACCGAAAUCUUACAAAGACCUAAAACAAAAAGAUCGGAAAUCUAUGGAGAGACAAAAAUCGCGCGAAAGAGAAAGAGAUUAUAGACGGGAUAAUAUCCGAUCAAGAAAUGAUAAUCAUUACGAUAGAAGAAGAGAAAAUCAUUAUGAUCGUUGUAGAGAUUCGAGAGAUAGAAUCAGUAAUGAUAAAUAUCGCGAUAGAUAUAGUAGAGAUUACGAUAAUCGGUAUGAUAAAUAUAGGAGCAGUUAUAGGGAUAAAAAGGAUAGAAGAGAGAAAGAAAAAAAAGUUAAAUUGGAUAAGUAUAAAGAUUCUUUAAGCGAAGGUCAACCUCAACACUCAAGUUCAAGUGACGAUGAAAUUGAUUUGGAUAUUGAUAUUAACGAUGAUGAGGAAGACGAACAGAAAAUUAUUGAGAGGAGGAGAAAGCAAAGAGAGGAAUUAUUAAAGCGUUUGGGUGGAGCUAGUGAAGAUUCUAACACAGCGACCUCGUUAUCAACACCGCCGACAACAGAAAAUAAAUUAAAAGACGACAUGUUCAAAAACAACAAUAUCAUCGAAUCGACAAAUGCAGUUCCUAAUAAAACCACUGUAAAACAACCAUCCAUAAUUAUUGAUGUGGACGAGAAACCGAACGAUAAUAACAAUAAAUCAUUGGAUGUUCCAGAAGAAUCUUUAACUCCACCUUUACUACCAUGUAUGAAAGUUAAAAGUGGGAAUGAGAAUGUGGAGGCGGCGAAUUUGGAUAAAGAUAAAAAGGAUCAAAAACCAAAAAGUAAUCAAUGGGACAUGUUUGCAGAACAAGAUAUUUUCAAAGAAGAUACUUCAUCGCCAAAUACUGUGGUUCAAAAAGGUGCAAUCCCGGAAAAUCCAGCCCUCACCGACAAUUGGGACGAUGCAGAGGGCUACUAUCGUGUUAGAAUUAGCGAAAUUUUAGACCAAAGAUACAUGGUGUAUGGUUACACAGGUCAAGGAGUUUUCAGUAACGUCGUAAGAGCUAGAGAUCAAGCCAGAGGUAAUCAAGAUGUCGCCGUAAAAAUUAUAAGGAACAAUGAAAUCAUGCACAAAACUGGAUUGAAAGAAUUGGAAAUAUUAAAAAAAUUGAAUGAUGCAGAUCCUGAAGAUCGCAUGCAUUGUUUAAGAUUGAUACGACAUUUCUUCCACAAGCAGCACUUGUGCAUGGUUUUUGAGCCUUUAGCGAUGAAUUUGAGGGAGGUUUUAAAGAAGUAUGGUAAAGAUGUUGGACUUCAUGUAAAAGCAGUCAGAAGUUAUACACAACAAUUACUUUUGGCAUUAAAAUUGCUCAAAAAAACAGGAAUUCUACAUGCUGAUAUCAAACCCGAUAAUAUUCUGGUAAAUGAAAGCAAAUUAGUGUUAAAAUUGUGUGAUUUUGGUUCAGCAUCACACAUAAAUGACAACGAAAUUACACCUUACUUAGUUUCCCGUUUCUACAGAGCACCAGAAAUAAUUCUGGGAAUACCAUAUGAUUAUGCGAUCGAUAUGUGGUCCGCUGCAUGUACCAUUUACGAGUUAUAUACUGGGCGAAUUUUAUUUUCUGGAAAAUCAAACAAUCAAAUGUUGAAAUUUUUCAUGGAUAUGAAAGGAAAAAUACCAAAUAAAGUUAUUCGAAAAGGUGCAUUCAAGGAGAAACACUUUGACGCAAAUUGUAAUUUCUUAUAUCAUGAAAUAGAUAAAGUUACUGAGAGGGAAAAAGUGGUUGUAAUGACAAUGGUAAAACCGACAAGAGAUUUACAAAGCGAAUUGGUGGCUGGUCAAGCAUUGCCUCAAGAUCAAUUGAGAAAGGUGACUCAGUUAAAAGAUUUAUUGGAUAAGGCUUUGGCAGUAGAUCCAGCUAAAAGAAUCAGCUUGAACAAUGCAUUGACACAUCCAUUCAUUCAGGACAAGAUUUAGAAGUGUUCUGGUUUAGAGAAAAGCUGUUGGCAUUCUUUCUUCCUUCUCAUGAAAAACUGGGUUGAUUCAGUCACUGAACUUAAGUCUAACAUCAAUUACUUUAUGGAGAUAAUGAGAGAAAGAAACAGAGUGGUUUUGAACAACUGCACACACUUAUUCGUUGUGUCCAAGAGACCGAUGAUACAAAGAUAAGUGGAAACUCCCUCCCCAAGGCGUAUAAAUUUAUAUAGUUUUAUAUCUACGUAUUAUUUGGGAGAGUCUUAAGUAUUAAAUAUUCAUAUCUUUUUAGGUUUGGUAGAGAAAUUAGCUGCUCGAAAAUUCAAUUCAACAUUUCUUGCGUCGGUUUUAUUGAUUAGUAUUGAUUAUUGAUAGAAUUAUGAUUGAAUAGAAGGUAAGUAUAAUGACAUUUUUUAACAUAAUUUUGUAUUUUUCUAUGUAGUAACUUUUUAUUUUCUGAAAUAAAAGAUUUUUAUAUCUUUAUUUUAUUAGAGAGCUAAGCGGAAUAUUUUAAUGGAGUUUUAUAUAAAAAAAUACUAUCUCUGCAUACACACAUACACCAGUAACUUCGCUAUAAAUUUUAUUGGAUAUUUGAACAAAAACUUUCAAAAAAUAACUAUGCCAGAAUAUACUAUAAUCAAUUAUGAUGUCACAAGUUCAGAGGAUUGAAACCCCAUAGUAAGAUAACAGAAAUGGUUUUUGAGAAAUUAGAUACAAAAUUUUUAAAGUUCUCAGAAUUUAAUUUCUUACUUGUUAAUCCAAGUACGCAGCUAUUUCGGGUUGGUAUUUCAAGUUAUAACAAUAAGCCAAAUAAUAAGUAUUAAACAGGAAUGUUCCUAGAUGAAAAUGUAAGGUUCAUAUUUUAAAAUUUUCGUCACAUUUAAGUACCCUUUGAUGGAUAAAACUUUUUAUCCUGAAUUAGUUCGCUAAUUCUUCAAAGAGACCAAACAUUUUAAGACAUUACAUCUAGAGGUAUAAAGAAUAAUGACGCGUAUGUGUUGUUAUUUUUUGUAUCUUCAUAUCAUAUUUCUUACUAAAAAUGUAGGGGUAAGAAUUUUUAGUCACCUCAUUCUGGUUGUGUUAUGUUUGGUGUCUCCUCAAUAUAAUAUGAAAUUAACUUCA